AUGACGGCCCAAGCCCACCAAGCAGGGAAAGCAGAGCUGCAGAUUUCAAAAGAGAUCCGGCAUUUUGCGCAAUGCAGCCUUGCCUUCACGAAAACUGAAGGGCUAAAAGUCCUGUCCAUUGUCGAGUCUGCGAAAGUGCUACUCCGAGAAGUCUUUGCAUCGCUUCUGGCCGGGCCGCAGGAUUACCAGCCGGUCCUCUUUCAGUAUUCGGCGGACACAACUCCUGUGGCGAAUCGCAAACAUGUUAGCUUGAAAGCUGGCAGCUUUUCAGUAAGGCGAUCCGGGACUUCCACAGAUGAGUUCUUGGUGCAACAAGUGUUCAUGACGACUUGGACGGACUCAGGGCAGUUGAGACAUGGACUCACCUUUUCCGAUCCAACUCCUCUGCGCCACGCCAAGAAGAUGUCUUCGCUAACUGCUGUUGCCAUGCACUGCCCUGGCAUCAGCAUUAGCGCACCGCAGCGUGACCGCGUGCAGAUCCGGCAUCAAGUGCAUGAUCGUGCUGUGGGUCACCGACUCGUUGGGGCAUUGAGUGGAUUCUGGUCCAUGCGCGGUCAGAAACCCGAGCUUGGUGCAACGCAGAGUGAGGCCACCGGAAGCAGCUUGUAUGACUGGCACAGCUAUGUGGCCUGUGCCAGCCAUGACGCCCAUAAUGCCUUGAAGUGGGCGCACCAGACCCUCUUUGCAGAUACCGAGCUUCUGGAAGGAGUUUACAUCGCAGUGAGUGCCAUCCGUAGUUCUUACUACACUUGCGCAGAUGCUUUGGGCAGUUGGCUGGUGCAGUCUGUGCAGCCCGGGCUUGCAAGCACCUUGCCUCCUGAGGACGACUUGUUCGCGUUGUGGUGUUGUCUUGGCGUCGAGCCUGAGCUGGCACGCAAGGUGGCCGAGAUGCGUUUGUUCUGGCGCGAUGGCCGCCUUUUGAUCCUGCAGGAAUUCUUCCACACGGCGGAUUUUCUGGAAACUGUGUCGACCUGCUUGCUGGCUUUGUGGCGUUUCCCUUCCUUCGCGACAUCCAGAUGGUGCACCGUGGGGGCUUCUUGCCGAGCUUUGGCUGCUGGCCUCCUGAGCGGCUACGAUGGCUUGUUGGAGUACAUGCGAAACAAAGGUCUGUUGGGAGACUACUUGUGGAACGGUUUCAAACGUUUAACUGCAAGAGCCGUGGAGUUUGUUUUCGUGGUCGGGCCAACCGCGUACUUGCCGGAAGGGUUUCUCGCGCAUCUGCUGCAAGAUGCCCGCAUUGCUUUGCAGUGCCAGAAAUUGAAGGGCGACAUCGACAUGGAGUACGGCUUCUUGGAACAUCUUCCAGAACAAGUCUGGGCACUCCUUGCGGAGCGUCUUGCGCUAUCAGCCGAAGCGCUUCGGAGCAAAGUCAUCGCCGGGGCCACUGUCUCACGGGCUUUCCUCGAGUGGAAGGUCCUCCAGGUGGCUUCUGCUUUGCCUUGGAGCCUUUGCCGUGGUGACGUCAGAGCUAACAUACAACAGCUGUCAGAUCGUCGUGGUGCACCAGCUGAGCCAAUAGCCCGCAAAAUCUAUCACCUUGCUAAGGGAGGUGUGAACAUGGUGAUUGCAGAGGGCUGUGACUUUGUUAGGCCAGUCUUCCUGGACGAGCUUCUUUACUGA